GGGAAAGCCACGCAGACUGCAAAACAUACAAGCUGGGGGGAUUUGCUGAAGUGCUUUUCUGUAGCAAAUGAAGUAAAACAGACGGCAAGGGAAAGGAUCAAAGGAUUACAACAAUAUUUGCACAACAUGACUGGGAAUAAUGAAAAGAGAGAGCGGGCGGCGGUUUUAGUACCUCUUGAAUGUAAAAUUGGCCACUCGAGUGUUAUCUGUCGAUAAUGAUAUAUCCAGGGAGUGCUGGCCAAGUGACUUUGAAUUAGUGGUGCAUGAUUCUUGUUAAAUCGCGAGGCAAUUUCUGGAAUCGACUUUUCUUUGUAAAGAGAAAAUCACCCCCCUCGCCCCCUCCAGCCUCGCUGCAAAUUGCGCAGCUGAGUUCUUCCCUCCGUAUUUUUUUUUUCUUUUAAUUUCCCCCCCCUCCUCCCUAAUUUCCAAGCCUGUGAAAUCGUAUUAAUCUCCGAAAUCUACAGCGCGAAAUACCGACCCCGCAGGUGCCGCGCAUCGCGGCUCCUCCGAACCCACAGAAAGAAACCCUCGAGGGGAUUUCGAGAGCCUGUUUCCCAAAAGUUGGGUCGCCAACAGAGAGCCCCUCAUUAAUUCGGAGCGCGGAGCCCCUCAUCGGGGACGCGGAGCUCCUCAUUGCGAGCGAGGAGCGCUGCGCGCUUUCGGGGAGAAGUGCGAACUUUUUUUCUUUUCCUUUUUCUUUUUUUAAUCCUAUCUGGCUUUGCCACCAGGUUUUAAAUCUUCUCCUCUUUCUGCUCUGGUUCAAAGUGUAGGUGUGAAACGGCCCAAGUUCUGUAACCCCGAGGGGACGGAGGGGUGAUGCGAUGCGCGGCUCCUAUUUUCAACGGCAAAACUUUCCCCUGCAGCGAAGGGCACCGCGGGGAUACGGGAUAAAAACCAAUUCCAUGGGACGGGAGAGGUUUUGCCCCUAUUUUAGGACACGGUGGAGAGGUGCAAAUCUCUGGGAUGCGAACUGGAGGCGCGGGGAGGGAUGCGUGGAAUUUCGACGGAUUUUUUUUGCCCUUUUUCACCAUUUUCUUCCCCCGUUCCCAGUGUCCACCCCGCUGGGCCAGGGCCGGGUGAAUCAACUCGGAGGGGUUUUCAUCAACGGGCGCCCGUUGCCCAACCACAUCCGCCACAAGAUCGUGGAGAUGGCUCACCACGGGAUCCGGCCCUGCGUGAUUUCCAGGCAGCUCAGGGUCUCCCACGGCUGCGUUUCCAAAAUCCUCUGCAGGUACCAAGAGACGGGCUCCAUCCGACCCGGGGCCAUCGGGGGCAGCAAGCCCAGGGUUGCGACUCCCGACGUGGAGAAGAAAAUCGAGGAAUACAAGAGGGAAAACCCUGGGAUGUUCAGCUGGGAGAUCCGGGACAGGCUGCUGAAGGAUGGACACUGCGACCGCAGCACUGUGCCCUCAGGUUUAGUGAGUUCGAUUAGCCGUGUGCUACGCAUCAAAUUCGGGAAGAAAGAGGAAGAGGAGGACUGCGACAAGAAGGAGGAAGACGGGGAGAAGAAGGCCAAGCACAGCAUAGAUGGCAUCCUGGGCGACAAAGGGAACAGGCUGGAUGAAGGCUCCGAUGUCGAAUCCGAACCAGACCUGCCUUUGAAGAGGAAGCAGCGCCGCAGCCGGACCACUUUCACUGCAGAGCAGCUGGAGGAGCUGGAGAAGGCCUUUGAGAGGACUCACUACCCAGAUAUCUACACCCGGGAGGAGCUGGCACAGAGAACCAAGCUCACCGAGGCCCGUGUCCAGGUGUGGUUCAGCAACCGACGAGCGAGAUGGCGCAAACAGGCGGGUGCAAACCAACUCGCAGCAUUCAACCAUCUGCUGCCGGGGGGCUUCCCACCCACAGGAAUGCCAACUCUGCCCCCAUACCAGCUGCCAGACUCCACCUACCCAACCACCACCAUUUCCCAAGAUGGAGGCAGCACCGUGCACAGACCCCAGCCCUUGCCACCAUCCACCAUGCAUCAGGGAGGGCUUGCUGCUGCCGCUGCAGCUGACUCCAGCUCUGCCUAUGGGGCCCGACACAGCUUCUCCAGCUACUCAGACAGCUUCAUGAAUGCUGCAGCUCCUGCCAACCACAUGAAUCCUGUUAGCAAUGGCCUCUCUCCACAGGUGAUGAGCAUCCUGAGCAACCCCAGCGGGGUUCCUCCGCAGCCCCAGGCUGACUUCUCCAUCUCUCCCCUUCACGGUGGCCUGGACACCACCAACUCCAUCUCUGCCAGCUGCAGCCAGCGGAGUGACUCCAUCAAAUCUGUGGACAGCCUCCCGACCUCGCAGUCCUACUGUCCUCCCACCUACAGCACCACCAGUUACAGCGUGGACCCAGUGGCUGGCUACCAGUAUGGGCAGUAUGGACAAACUGCUGUUGAUUAUUUGGCCAAGAAUGUGAGCCUGUCCACGCAGCGCAGGAUGAAGCUGGGAGAACAUUCGGCCGUUCUGGGGCUCCUACCAGUAGAGACAGGCCAAGCUUACUGAAGAGUCCAACUGUGCCAACAACCCACUCCAGCAACUCGGUACCACUGGAGAAACACUACCAGCCUUCCAGGGAUCUGCCUGUACCCGGACCCUACUCCUUCCCAACUCCCUUCCACCUCGCAUCAACUUGAGAAGGAGACGGGAAGGAUGGGGAGGGCUCUCCAAGAAUCCAGCUCCUCCCAGAGUGCUCAGAGGCAAGCCUGGCCUCAUUGACCUGAAUUCUGUGGCCAGAGACAAUAGGUUGGGUACAUUUAUUAACCCCGAGUUCAUGCCCUCCCUCUACCUGGCCAUGGCGUUUUGCCCAUGCUUAAGGACCUUCCAUUGAUCUAGGUAGUUGGCAUAGUCAAAGCCAAAUUGAUCUUUUCUUUUUGUUUCCUUUUCUUUCCAUUGGUGUAAAUUUGGUGAAUGUUGUAUAGGAAGGAAUAACCAAGCUGAUUGUUAAGGAUGAUGUAAUUUGGGACCACAGAAGACCUAUGGACCAAAUAUAAGAACUUGUUUUAAACAAACAAACAACAACAACAACAACAAAAAACAGCAACAUGAACACAAGAAACACGAACAAACACGCAAAGACAAACAAAAAGCUCAAACGUAAAUUAAAGAGACAACAAAUGUCCCCACCCCACUCUACCCUUCUGUUCUCACCGAUGGCUUCCCAAAGCAGGGCCAAAGCAGGCCAGAUUGCUGCUAAGCAGGGGCAGGGUGGAUGUCCGUCCAGCCUGGGACCUUCGGAAGGUGUAAAUGUGAAUUGCUGCAUGAGGACUGGAGAUUGUGGGCACAGGCACGAGCAACAUUUACGUCUCCUCAUAGGGACCAAAAGGACACGGGCAUCAGAUAGUGGCAGAAGAUGUGGUAGCAAACUCUGGCCAGAUACAGGGCAUCAGAUACAGAUGACUAUUGCGGAGCUUUCACCCUUGCAGUCAAGGAGGGCGAGGACUGUUGUGGCCUUUCCAUCCUUCAGUGGGAGAGAGGUUGGCCAUUGAGAGCAAAAACAGUGGAGAGAAGAAGAGCCAAAAUUGUUUCAGAGGGUCAGUGUGCAGAAUGGGGUUCUGCUGCAAGGAAAGGGCCACCUGAAUGAAAACGGGGCUGCACGGUCGGAUGAGUUCUGCUCCAGCACGUGCUUCUAGGGCCAAGUUGUUACAGACGCUUCUGCUGUGCCCUUUUUCUCUUACUUCUGUUUCUUCAGUUCUUUCCAAAUAAUCUGACGUUGUUUUUGCAGCUGAAACAACGUUUUCCUGGGGAACUCCCCCUGCCUUGCCCCAGCCUCAUUUAUCACGAACCUCCAAGCUGCUUUCUCCUGAGCCAUGUGGGCAAGUACCUGUCGGGACCAAAGCCGAAUUUUGCUUCUUGCAUUGCUCAGCAUCCUUUCAGAUCCAUAUACAGCAUUGAUCAGCUUUGCUGCAUGUGGGUGAUGGAGCCUACAUUCCUAAAAGUGUGCUAACACACCGGCUUGGCCAUUCUGCUAGUCACGCCAUUGCCCUGUUUGUGCCAGUCUGAGGUCUUGGUAAGCAACACAAGCUGCUGCUCUUGAGCUGAUCGAAGGGAGAAAUCCCUUUUGAACCAGUCCUGGCUUAAAUGUCAUUCCCAAGUCACCUUCUGUGACUGCCAUGUCAGAACAGGGGGUUCUAGGGCAAGGACAAGGGUGUCUGUGUGUUGGACACGAGCAUAGGGGUCAAUGCCAGAAACACCCACCUGCUAAAACAACCCACUCUUUAACAAGAGGCCAACAAUCCCCACUACUUCACACUGAAAUUUCUGACCAAAUGCAUUCCUCGCUGCCUGCAAAACUAGAAGGAAAGUUUCAGUUUGUCACGAGAAUCGCUCCCACUUGCAAAAUCCUACCAGCUCUCUUCUCCCCACUCCAUCCUAUCUCCCAGCCGUGCAUCCAGCCCACCUCCCCACCACCCCUGAGGCACGGUGCACAGAACCCCCCCAGUUCAAGUCUUAAAUAGAGGGAGCACCGCAGAAACCUGUUUGCCAUUCACCUUCACCUGAAAG